AUGGAGAGGCCCAAGGACCCAGAGUACGGAGGAAGAAUGGAGAGGCCCAAGGACCCAGAGUAUGGAGGAAGAAUGGAGAGGCCCAAGGACCCUGAGUAUGGAGGAAGAAUGGAGAGGCCCAAGGACCCAAAGUAUGGAGGAAGAAUGGAGAGGCCCAAGGACCCUGAGUAUGGAGGAAGAAUGGAGAGGCCAAGGACCCUGAGUAUGGAGGAAGAAUGGAGAGGCACAAGGACCCCGAGUAUGGAGGAAGAAUGGAGAGGCACAAGGACCCUGAGUAUGGAGGAAGAAUGGAGAGGCACAAGGACCCCCAAGUAUGGAGGAAGAAUGGAGAGGAGGCCCAAGGGCCCCAAGUAUGGAGGAAGA